GUUUCCGCCUGUCACAAGGGCGCAAUGUGACACGCAGAUCUCGGAUACGAAGAAAAACCCCACCAACAAGAGCGGAUCUGCAAACGGGAGCUAUUUAUAUCGCAGUGAGCCCGUUAUAGCUCCCACAUACAGAUGUCAGUAUCGAGGUGGACAGUGAUGCUGACCCUGCAGGGUUCGAUGUGGACUCAGAAAAAGAGCGGGAGAUGGAAAGGGAGAGCAAGAGGAAGAGGCAUAGGGAGCGCAAAUCAGCCAGGAAAGGGAAUUCACACAGUGGGCAAGGAACCAAAGGGAAUUCACACAGUGGGCAAGGAACCAAAGAAGAGGAGGAGAAAGCGAGGGAAGGCAGGGGCGUGAAAAAGAAGGCAAAGGAAGGGAAGACGAGACAGGAGGAAUGGGAAGGAGGGGAGGAGACCCCCAAGCACAGGAAGAACUGCAAGAAUGAGAGAACCAGGAAACAGAAAGAGGACAAGAAGGAGGAUGAAGAUGGUGAGUCCAGGAGGAAGAGGACCAAAGACCGGCGAGCUAAGAGGGAUGAGGAGAAGAAGAGAGAGAAAGAGAACAGGGAAAGGAAAGAGAAGGUUGAAAAGAUCAACAAGGACAAAAAGAGGAAGAAAAAAAAGAGGAGAGUGGUGACGAGCUCCUCCUCUGAGGAGUCCUCCUCUGAAGAAGACGAGGAGGAAGAGGAGCCGUCUGAGGAAGAGGGGGUUUCAGUGACGCUCUCUCCGGAGGAGCUGGAGAAGCUGAAAGAGGCAGUGGAGGAGAGGAAGAAGACCAUCGCCACGCUAAGAGCCAAACCACUGCCCAUGAGGAAGAAGCUGGUGACCCUGAGGGAAUCCCAGGAGUUUGUGGAGAAGUACGAAGGCGCUCUGGGGAUGGGCAAGGGCAGGAGGCUGUACGCUUACAAAGUCAUGAUGGUGAAGAAAUGGAUGAAGUUUCAGAGAGAUUUUGAGAACUUCAAAACAGCCUGCAUUCCCUGGGAGAUGAAAAUAAAGGAGAUUGAAAGCCAUUUUGGCUCUUCGGUUGCCUCGUACUUCAUCUUCCUGCGCUGGAUGUACGGCAUCAACAUGAUUUUGUUUGGGCUGACCUUUGGCCUUGUCAUGGUACCUGAGGCCCUGAUGGGGAAGCCGUAUGGCAGCAUGCCCAGGAAGACAGUGCCCCGGGCGGAGGAGAGCAGUGCCAUGGACUUUGCCGUCCUGUGGGACUUUGGGGGCUAUGCCCAGUACUCAGUCCUGUUCUAUGGGUUCUACAGCAGCCAGCGUGCCAUUGGCUGGCUGAAGUUCCGCAUGCCCCUGUCCUACUUCCUGGUUGGAGUGGGGACAGUGGCCUACAGCUACAUGGUGGUUAUCCGAACCAUGGCACGGAAUGCCAACGAGGAAGGGGGCGGGGAUGACACCAGCUUCAACUUCAGCUGGAAGCUGUUCACCAGCUGGGACUACCUCAUCGGUAACCCGGAAACUGCUGACAACAAGUUUGCCUCCAUCACCACCAGCUUUAAGGAGUCCAUCGUGGAGGAGCAGGAGAGUCACAAGGACGAGAACAUCCAUCUGACCCGCUUCCUUAGGGUGCUGGCCAACUUCCUGGUCCUGUGCUGUCUGGCAGGAAGUGGUUAUCUCAUCUACUUUGUGGUCAGGCGGUCUCAGAAGUUUGCCUUAGAGGGCCUGGAGAACCACAGCUGGUGGGAGAGGAAUGAGGUAAACAUGGUGAUGUCACUGUUGGGCAUGUUCUGCCCGAUGCUCUUUGAUGUGAUCAGCGCUCUGGAGAAUUACCACCCUCGCAUCGCCCUCCAGUGGCAGCUAGGACGGAUCUUCGCCCUGUUUCUCGGCAACCUCUACACCUUCAUCAUCGCCCUGAUGGAUCAGAUUAACCUCAAGAGACAGGAAGAGGACGUGGUGAAGCUCAACAUGACUGCGUGGCAGGCCAGCCUGUACAACGGCACACUGCCGGCCAACAGCACCGCUCUCCCCGUGACCGUGUCGCCUGCCGACGUCCCCAGGGGCCCCUGCUGGGAGACCAUGGUGGGACAGGAGUUUGUACGCCUCAUAAUAUCGGACACGAUGACCACGUACAUCACACUGCUGAUCGGUGACUUCCUGCGGGCGGUCUGCGUGCGCUUCCUCAACUACUGCUGGUGCUGGGACCUGGAGCACGGCUUUCCCUCCUACUCAGAGUUUGAUGUCAGCGGAAACGUGCUGGGGCUGAUAUUCAACCAAGGGAUGAUCUGGAUGGGCGCGUUCUACGCCCCCUGCCUCCCCGCGCUGAACGUGCUGCGGCUGCACGUCUCCAUGUACCUGCAGUGCUGGGCCGUGAUGAGCUGCAACGUGCCGCAGGAGCGCGUCUUCAAGGCCUCGGGCUCCAACAACUUCUACAUGGCCAUGCUGCUGGUCAUCCUGUUCCUGUCCACACUGCCCGCCAUCUACACCAUCGUCUCCAUCCCGCCCUCCUUCGACUGCGGCCCCUUCAGUGGGAAGAGCCGUAUGUUUGACGUGAUCCAGGAGACCCUGGAGAGCGAUUUUCCUGCGUGGUUUGGAACGGUGUUCAGCUACGCCUCGAACCCUGGACUCAUUCUCCCCUUCAUUCUGCUCAUGGUUUUAGCCAUUUAUUAUCUGCACUCCACGUCCAAGACCUACAAGACUGCCAACGCUGAGCUAAAAAAGAAGCUACAGGCUCAAAAUGAAGAGAACAAGAAGAAGAACAAGAAGGCUGCCUUGAAGGCCGCGAGCGAGCUGGAUGAAGCAAGGAACACUGCCUCCUGCAGGCAGGAGGAGAACAACGCAUCACUGAACAAUAGAACGGACAGGAGAGCCCACAGUGAGAGAUUUGACCAGGACCAAUCGCACAGUGAGAGAUUUGACCCGGACCAAUCGCACAGUGAGAGAUUUGACCAGGACCAAUCGAGGCAGCAGCUCCGCCCCUCACAGGAGCGAGUGGGACGUCCCUCAGGAGCCCCGCCCCCCCGCGCCCCCACCACCAGGCCCCCGCCUCCCCGUGGGGCUGGAGCGCAGGGGUACCUCCCCGGGCACCCGCGGCAACCGGAACCCAGAAUGCAACGGGCCCAAGACUCACAGAGGCGCUGA